CAGACUAAUUGCAGAACCAUAUUGAAAGCUUCCUCCUAGGAUCAGUAAAAGUAAACUGUUGCUACGAUGAACAAAAAGGUGUUCUUUGCUAUCUGCAUUUUGUCGAUUUUCACUGUGGUUGCAGGAAUUUUCCAGACCGUCCAAGUCUGCGUCAACUCAAUGAUUCAAGGCUUGCAGAGUUCGUGUGUCAGAUGUAUUGCUGGCCAAACAUUUACCAAUACGUUGAACACGUGCUAUGGAGGGACAUCCUUACCUGUGAAUUCUACGCAAACCCAAGCUUUCUGCCUCUUGACAACUUGUUUAAGUCAAAUCAUCGGCCAACAACCACAGGUAAUUGGUCGCCGUAAGCGGUCUGACGAGAUAGAAGAAAAUGAUCUGGAAACCGUUGAAACUUUCUUAGAAACGAAUUAUGACAAGGAAGAAAAUGUGUACGAUUAGCUCGUGAAACCAGUAUGUAGAGGUGUACACUUAGCUCGUGAAACCAGUAUGCCUCGUCGUUGAUGCCGAUCAUAAUCAGAUGUCUAUAUUUAUUCGUUUCAGUUAAACUUUUGAAUCAAUCAUUAUUUUACUGGCCACAGUUAUUGAGGUUAUUUUUGGAGUAGCAAACAUGCUAAGGUUUUAACGCACUAUGUUAUUCAGAUCUAAGGAUGGUUUGGUUGCUAUUAUUUUCGGUAA